GUUUAAACCUAAGAAAGAGCAGACGUAUUUUGGUGUGAGUCUUAAAACGUUCAAAGUUCAAAGUUCAGGAUGACCACAAACACCAAGGAUGGCAUAACCAUACGCCCCAUGACAGAGGAUGACCUGGACACGGUGUCUGAUUAUGUGAUUAAUAACUUUAUGGUGGAUGAACCUAUUAGUGGCACUGUUGACUGGACCAAAUACCCAAAGGUGAAAGAAGUGAUGAAAGAAAAGCAUAGAGCUAUGAUAUUGCAGGGACUGUGUCUGACAGCUAUCGAUGAUAGUAAGAACGGAGAAAUUGUGGGCUUCUGCUUGGCGGCUGCCCAGAACAAAGAAGAUUUGGAUUCGAAUAUUGUCAUGAUUGAAAGAGCCCCUCCAGAAGUGGCUGCCGUUUUGAAAUUGGGUGAUUACAUGCAAAGGAAAGCUAACAUAUUGGAACUAUACGGUGUUGAUAAGGUUCUAUACUCUCAUAUCACUUUCGUGAAAUCUGAAAUGAGGGGGAAACAGAUAGGAACCCGCUUGGCCCAAACUUUGAUAGAACUUGGCCGUUCCCAGGGCUUUAAGGUGAUGACCGCCAUGUGUUCGAGCUUCUUCUCUGGAAACCAGAAGGAGGCCCUUGGAAUGAAGAUAGUUUUCCAACAACCCUAUGCGGCAUACAAGGAUGACGAGGGAAAAGUGAUCUUUUCUCCACCUGCCCCACACACAAGGGCUCGAAUGUUGGCCAUGGAACUGUGAUUUUAGAAAAGUGCUUGUUUCUAUCAGGAAAGUUUCAUUUGUUUUAUAAAAAUAAACUCUUUGUGGAGCUCAUUAAAACUGGAAGAUAUAUGU